GUUUUGUGUACUAAUCCUUGAGUUUCACAUCUGAAUGAUGUAAGCUAAGAAUUCAACGAUCACGGAGGAAAUCGAUCUUGACUAUUAUUGUACCCAUUAUAGAACCAUGGUUCAUGGAGGAAGAAUAAUGGUGGAAAAUGGAGAAAAUAAAACCAAAGAAACAGAAAAGGAAAAAGGAUAUGAAGCUCUUAUCAAGCCAAUUCAAGACGUAAUAGCCAAAGAUUGGAAAGUUCGACUUUGCAAUUAUCUGGAUAUUUAUAUUGAACAUAUCCAUGAGCCUGGUACAGUAUUCAUCAAUUUCACUGAAGCAGCACUGCUUGUUCAGAAUACAUCGACCUACUAUUGCAAAAGGGUUGAUCUCAUGUAUAAUUGGGUUAGACAGUUCUGCUUUUCUUUAGCUGAAAAAUUUCUAGAGGCGACUACUGAAGAAGGAGAGGCUUCUCAGGAAAAGACAAAUGAACCAAAAACAUCCCAGAAAAAGGGAAAGAAAAACAAGAAUCAACUACACUCAGAUGAUUUAGAAAUCGUACCACUUACACACACAGGAAGUAAGACAGUCAAUUUUAAGCUUGACAAAAUAGAUCCAUCUCUUAUAAGGAAAAUAGUUCUCAAUUCUUGCAUGAAAACACAGACUAAACCUGCAACAUGCAUACCUGUUCAACAAUCAGCUACAGAGGAAAUGGGAUUCAAAGAUGAAUUUCGAUUGCAUUGGAAAAUUGCUUAUGAUGGACUUUUACAUGAAGAUUUCCGAUAUGAUAUUUCCCAAGGUGGCAUUGCAGCUGAAAACAAUGCUCCUGAAAUUGACGAUUUAUUGAAAAAUAAUGAAGACAACGAUGAUCAUGAUUUUGGUGAUGUUGGAAUGGACACGAUUCACGACAAUGAUAUGGACAUUGACGCUGUACCCCCUGUAAACCCAGAGCUCAGUGGUUCGGUACAUUUGAACACUGAUUUGCCUGAACAUAGGGCAUCUGAAGAUUUGGGCUUAAUGCCAGAUCAUCAACCUGUAGAAGUCUCAGAUGUACAAGAAAAAGUACCUAAGAAGCAAGAAGAAAACUUUUACACAGUAAUACCUUUUGCAUCUUUGAUCAUGCACAGGAAAUUCAAAAAACGACAGGUUUUCAAGUUACCUAAGGAACUUAUAGAAGAAGUUUCUGAGUCUCGGAAAAAGCAAAAGAAAAAUGGAAAGACCGAUGAAGAUGGGAAACUUAAGGAGUCUGAUUAUAAUUAUCAUUUAUCCUUCUCAGAAAUUUUAGGUGGAAAAUCAGAAGAUAUGAUUCAGCACAAACUUGGAAAAAGAAGAUCAGCCAAUCUAUCAAAGCGGAAAAAAAGAGCUCAAGUUCAAUCUCCUUCUGAAAAUAAUAAUGUUGAAAAUGCUGCUGAUUUAAACAAUGAUUCUGUGGAGGAUGAUGAUCAUGAUUUUGAUGAUAUAAUGGAUCAUAUAGGAGACCAGCAGGUACCUUUAGAAGAUGGAUUAGAAGAAUACAAUGGAAAUUUUGAAAAUGCUUAUGAAGCUUCUGCUCAACUCUAUGGAGAAAUUAUGAAAACUAAAAAUGAUCCUUUAUCUAUAACAAAGAGGGUCGCUGCCUGGCAUAAUAUGAUACAGCCAGUUCUAGAAAAAGCUGAAGCAAGAAGUGUCUUCUCAGUCAACGAGUACGGAACCCGGAUUUUAGAAAAUUUUAAAGAGCCUGGUGAAGUUCGUCAGUUCUCCGAUGUGGUGACUGGACAACCAAGGGAAGAAAUUUGUCGAUAUUUUUUGUCAACACUUAUGCUGGCCAAUACUUACAAUUUAGAAAUACAGAAAACUACUGACGAGGAAUUAUCUAAGGAUUGUCUUCAAAUGAAAUUGCUUAGUAAGGUUAGGCAUCAUGAAGAGCUUGAUGCGAAUGUUGGAGCUACUACUGCUAAUGGCCCAGUGCUCUAGAGGUUUUAGUGAGGCUUCACUAAUUUUGCUGCUUCACCAUACUUUUAUCCUGAUAUGUAUAUAAUUGUAUAAAUAAUUGUUUAUUUUAUUAAAAUUAUCUUUUAUUUAAUAUUGUUCUCUGUUAAUUAUUGAGAGAAUAAUGUGUUAGUUAUGAUCUCAUUUUAUGUUGUAGAACUUAUUUACUAGAGUGUAUAUAAUUUUAUAAAAAUUACGUGUAUUCUUAAAAGGGAGCUUAUUUAUUAAUUUUCUUUCACGAUUAAUACCAUUAACUUAGUUAGUGAUGUUUUUAUUUUUAGUUGAUUGAAAUAUCAUUAGAAGGUUUAUUUAGUCCUAAAGAAUAAUAACUUUAUUUAAAUUUUUUAUUUUGAUGCGAAAUUUAAUUUAUUUAUCCAGUUUCUAAAAUCCUUUCCUAGCUCUAACUGACUUGGGUUCACCACCCAAUUGUUUCGACUUUGUAAGCCAUCUUCUGGAGGAAAUAGAGUUCCUCGGAGCAGUGAUAUAUUUUAUAAUUGUACAUUUCUUAAAAACAGUAUGAUUGUUAUUUCUUAAUUGGUCUGGUUUUUAGUAACAUGGUAGGCACGAAAAUGGUUACAUGUUUUCCCUACUUAUUGUGAUGAAUUAAAUUCUGUAUUAGACAAUUAACCGAUAAUAAUUUCAACAUAAGGCAUAGGAUGGUUUGAAAAAAUAAUAUAAAACUAAUCUUCAUUUUAUUUUCUAUUUCAGGGUGUGGGUUGUUAACUUUGGUUUAAGAUCUUAAAAGUGAUUAGUAGAUUUUUUUGUCAUAAAUUUGAAAUAAAAUUAAGUUUAUAAAAUAAUCUAGGCAUUAAAAUACCAUACUUGCUUGCUUCUUUAUUGAUUGAAAUUAACAGUCACAGUUAACUGGCUGAUGGGGCACUAUUCCUUAUCUUCAGAAUAGAACUAUAGUUUUUAAAAAAAUGGACAUUAAGAAAUAAAAGUAAUGACCAAACAAAUUGGAAAUUCAGCAGAUAAUAAUUAAGAUAUGAAAUGGUAUGUGGAAAACAAAUAAUAAUAGAGGAAGGCUGGUGGUAGCAUCAGUAAACCUGGUCUGUUUAUCAGAUGACAAAGGUUGCUAUCAAGAACAAUGAAAUGUAUUAUAGUCAAGUUUUGUUUAUGUGCUGAUAAAUGAAAUCAUCUAGCGUGGAGGGGCCUCAAUCCAACACUACCAAGCCUCACAAUCUCUGCAGAGUUGCUUCAUUUGUUGGAGAGUUUUUUCCUCCAAUCCUCUGGAUAUAUUCUUCAUACAAAAUUCUAGAUCUUCCGCGUGGCCUCCUGCUAGUAGGUCGAGCUUCCAUAACCUUUUUGGGUUCCCCGUCCUCGCUUAUUGAACAUACAUGACGGAACAAUUUGAACUGUCUUUUUUCAAGGGUGGAUUUUAGUGCUUGAAUUUUCAGUUCCGCCCUAAUCCUUUCAUUAUAAGUGAUCUCUUCAUUUCAGCUCUUGUGAUUCUGCUCUAGUCCAGCAUAAUCCAGCUCUCGCUCCCAUAGGUAAGAGUUGGAAGCUAUACCGAUUUGUAGAUGUGAAACUUGGUUUUGUGUCCCACAUCUCGAUGACCAACAAUGCUAUUGCAAAUACUGUAAUAGAUUUGGUUCUAUUCUAUUGACUAAAAUAUACCGAUCUAUUAACAAAAGGCAAAUACAUCUUGAUUGGGGUACUUAUAUAAUUCUUUAUGUUAUGAAAAUGAUUUACUUAAUUACAUGGAAAAAAAAGGUUUAUUUCUUUAGUUUUAUUGUGUAAAUUAUUGUACCAUCUUCUGUCUGGUUUCUAUCCUACAAAAUAAUUGGCAUUUCUAUCCUACUAGCAGAUGAAACUAAAAUCAUAAUAUUGGAUUAGGGUGACAUCACAUUGCAAAAGUUGACACAGAAAAGAGGUCUAGAUGCCAUGAAGAUGUGAACACCCUCCACACUUAAUGAAGUAGAAACAAAUUUAUUAUAUUUAUGAUUAUUGUAAGUUAUUUCUUGUUUUAUUAAAUCAUUAAUACCUAAGUUCUAUGGAAAGGACAACAGUUAAACCCUUAUGUUAAGUUAAGGAUGCUAUUUAUUAAAAGAAAAAACUGAAACUUUUUGAAUUUUCAACCAGUUUUAAAGGAUCUUUUAAGGUAUAUGCACAAUGUUUUAAUGGACAUGAGUGGCAUGUUUAAGUUUAAGUUAAUUCAAAAAGAAUUUUACUUAUAAGAAAUACAGAGAUCCUUGCACUGUAAAAUAAAAUAUAAAUAAAGAAGGUUCAGGUGUGAUAUUGUGUGCUAGAAUAAUUAUAGGGGCAACAAAAUAUUUUAGUAACCAUAAGCACCGUUUGUUAUUGGAUUUUAGAAAUGACUAUGAUUAUGUAAUAAGAAAGGAGCUAUGGAGAGUUCUUUCAUAGUCAAAAAGAAUUCCAGAAAUGGUUUAAUACUUUAAAGUAUUCAUAUGCAUGUUGUUUAUAGCACCUUGUUGUUAAUACAGAUAUAUUUGUCUUUCUCUUGUAAAUAAUUAUUCCAAAUGUAAGUAAAUAAAUAUAUUUAUGUAUAACUUGGAAGUGAAACUUAAGGAAGGAAGAUGAUUGUAACACUAAUUUUUUAAUUAUAAAUAGAGUAAAAAACAUGUCUAUUGUUCAGAAUUUAACAAUCUCACUCACAAAUAUUGAAUAUAACUUACAGUAGGAAUUAGAUAAUAUGGAUACUUAAAAAUGAUUACUGAAUACUUAAUAGUUGACCGUUGUAUUAUAUAGGAAGGAGAUGGUCUGGAGUGGGGCGGUCAUAAAUAGACUAAAAUAGGGGCAAAACUAUUUUAAAGCUAACGUUUCAAUCCAACUUUGCAGCCCUUCUUCAGGGAGGUGUGUUCAGCAAGGAGUUUCACUUAAAACCUAAGUGUGUCACCUGUUCUAAGUGAAACUCCUUGCUGAACACACCUGAAGAAGACCUGCAAAGUUGGGUCGAAACAUUGGCUUUCAAUAAAAUAGUUUUGCCCCUAUUUUAGUCUAUUUGUGACCGCCACCCCGGACCAUCUCCUUCCUCUAAAAAUGAUUACCUCUCUCCUUCCAUCUUUUCUAUUAAACAUGGUCAAGUUAGGAAGUGGUAUCUUGCAUUUGAAUAGCACUUGGCUCUUAUCCCAAAAAUUAAGAGCAACUUUUUUUAAAGAAAAGAAAAUAAGUUUAUACCUUGAAUAAAUAAUUGGGGAGCGGGGUGGCCUAGCGAGCUAAUGUGCGUGCACAGCACUGCCAUUGCCCGGCAACCUGAUACAUGAGAUAACUGAAUAAAAAUAGUCACGUGUUCGGGUCCCGCUCUUUUAAAUCCCUGGCCUGGGAAAACCCCUAUAGCCGAGGAAGGGGAGGAUCCAGCAAAGAAAAAAAAAAUAGUUAAAUGAAAUGUGUAUGUGCAUUAAAAUUCCAAAUAAGAUGUGUACUCGGUAAUCGUAAUCUAAACAGUUAAAUCAACUCUCAACCAUUCCUCCAGAUUAUCAAGGUCCUACUGUAUUUUAAAACUAAUGAGAAGCAAGUUUUUUUCAGAAUUUCCCCAAGAGUAGAUUUUGUAAAUCAUUUUUAAUAUAGCAUGUGAAACAAAUGUUGAAUAUUUUUCAGUCUAAUAAAUGUUAUUACUAAAUUAUUUCCUAUUUCUUUCCUCACCUAGGAACG